CAAUCUCCUAUCACGAAAUGUUGCGGUAAAAAUGGCAUUCAAAGACCGUUCCAAACAGUAUGAAAAAAUCGACUUUCUUGGAGAAGGACAGUUUGCCACUGUUUACAAAGCCAAAGACCUUUCUACGGGAGAUAUAGUAGCUGUCAAAAAGAUAAAGGUUGGCAACAAGAGUGAGGCUGCAGAUGGCAUCAAUAGGACAGCUCUGAGGGAAAUAAAACUGUUGUUGGAACUUUCACAUCCUAAUAUAAUAGGGCUGGUUGAUGUGUUUGGUCAGAAGUCAAACAUUAGUCUUGUGUUUGAUUUCAUGGAGACAGAUUUAGAGGUGCUAAUUAAAGAUUUAACUGUUGCCUUGACACCAGGCCACAUAAAGUCAUACACCCUACAGACAUUAAAGGGUCUGGAGUAUCUACACAAGAACUGGAUUCUUCAUAGGGAUCUUAAACCAAACAACUUGUUAAUAAAUGAAAAUGGAGUGCUAAAACUUGGCGACUUUGGGUUGGCAAAGUACUAUGGGUCUCCCAAUAGAAUCUACACACAUCAGGUUGUGACAAGGUGGUAUAGAGCCCCUGAAUUGUUAUUUGGUGCUAGGAUAUAUGGAACAGGAAUUGAUAUUUGGGCAGUAGGGUGUAUAUUAGCAGAAUUACUUAUUAGGGUACCAUUUCUCCCUGGGGAGUCUGACUUAGAUCAAUUAACGAGGAUAUUCCAAGUUAUGGGAACGCCCAAUGAUGAGAGAUGGACAGGUAUGUCAUCACUACCAGAUUACAUCAAAUUCAAAGAUUACCCAGGCACCCCCCUCAACCAGAUAUUCACUGCAGCUACAGAUGAUCUCCUAGAAUUGCUCAACAAACUAUUAGCUUUAGACCCUUUAAAGAGAUGUAAUGCAACCCAGGCAUUAAAGAUGUCAUACUUUAGUAACAAGCCUGGCCCCACCCCAGGGCAUGCCCUUCCCAGGCCUGGAGCUGCCAAGAACAAAAAUAAAGAAAAUGAACAAAAGAAAGGAAUGAAGAGGAAACUCAUGGAGGAGGGAGCUGGUCUUACAGUGAAGAAGUUGGUCUUCUAGGACUUUGUCUUACCAAAGGAUUACAUUGUCUGUAGUUCUUUAUGUGCCAGGACCACAUUUACUGUAGUCCCUCAUUUACCAGGACCAAUUCUCACAGGCCAACAUUGCCCUUAUGGACUGGGGACCACAGUUAUCUGGACGAUAUCCACCAGGCCUUCUUGUCCUAAGGAAAAUAAUGUGUGGUUGAUGAAACCAUGGUAAUCAUGGCAAUAUAUACACAGAAUACAACUUUAAAUGUGAAUUAUGAAUGUAAGAUGUCCAUCCGUGCCUCCAAGGAUGUUUUAUACUGGGACCUUGCUACAGUAGAACUAAGUCCAUGUUAUGGCAUUAG